CUCAGAACAAAAUGUUCUCAGAUGCCACAUGGAAAACCAAAUUGACGCAGAUGGCAAAUCUCUCAGCGACUGUGAAUAUCUAUAUUUGAUGUAUGCGACUUAUGGUAGUAAAACGAUGACGUGUGUGUGGUUUACUGUGUUUUGUGAUUUCUAAAACACAUCAAACGCCAUGUGAAGCUGACAGAAGCGAGUCCGGUUUAAACAUUUGGAUUUUUGACUGACUGACGGCGGCGGCACGCAGGGCACGUGAAGGCAGCACCUCGGUCUCCGUGUGACAGCGGACGGGUGAGCCACACAGUUUUAAAUGGGAUGAACCACAAUGUCGUACAUGGGACGAGCGCUGUGUAAAUAAACAGGACCGUGCGAUGGAAGCGUGGAUUCGUUUUGUCUGAGAGACGUGAGGGAAGUGUGUUCGGUGAAGCUAACUAGCGCUGCACACAGCCACUGGCAGCUAACUGCUAACUUGUUGAACACUUGUUAGCAAACUAGCCCCCGCGCUAGCUUAGAGCUAGUUUGCUCCGGAGUUAGUUGGAGUGUGCGUGUGUCAGCUACUUUGCCAUGGAACCGUGUUGUCCUGUGUCCUGCUGCUCCUGAGUCCGUCUGUGUCCACCUCUGUCUUCGGGCGGAACGGGUCGUAGUCCCCACCUGCACGCGGGCUGCACACUGUUCGUAGAGUUUACGGUGGAAACUGUGGCUCUACCCAGCCGGGUGAGGAGGCGCUAUGGGGACGCGGUGGUCGCGAAGCGGCAGCAGCUUGUCGCCGCUCCUGGAGAGACCGAGCUCUGGGCAGCGGGGAGAGGACAGGGGCUCCGACGAUGACUCUCUGGACGGGCUCGACCGGCGGGAGGACAUAGCCCAGUUCCCGUACGUGGAGUUCACCGGGAAGGACAGCAUAACGUGUCCGACCUGUCAGGGCACCGGACGAAUCCCGUCAGAUCAAGUCAAUGAGCUGGUUGCAUUGAUCCCGUACAGUGACCAGAGACUGCAGCCCCAAAGAACGAAGCUGUACGUGGUCUUGUCAGUCGUGCUGUGUCUCCUGGCAUCUUCGCUGGUCGCCUUCUUCCUCUUCCCUCGCUUGGUGGUCGUGGUGGAUGAUGGGAUACGCUCAGUGACUGUUCAAUUCGACCACACCAAUAAGAAGGUCCUGAUGAACAUGACGAGCACACUGAACUUCAGCAACCCAAACUUCUUCUCGGUGCUGGUGCAGAGCGUGAGCUGCCAAGUCCUCUACAUGAAAACAGUGAUUGGACUACAGCAGCUAGACAACGCCACCACCAUCCUGCCACUGGGUCAGCGUCAGGUAAACUACACUGUCAGUGUGGAGAUUGGAAGCAGCACACCCUAUGUCUAUGCCUUCUGCACCAUGCCCAGCAUCAAGGUCCACAACAUCGUCAUAUUUGUGCAAACGACGGUGAAAACCUCAUACAUGGUGCGAACAUCCCAGAACAGCCUGGAGGCCUAUCGCUACAUAGACUGCGGUUCCAACACCACACACCACCUGAAAGCCAAGCACCUUGGGCAUCCCUCCUCCUCAGCUGCCACAUCCUUCAGCGCCCCCAUGCUGUGAGUGGAGCAGCCCUGCACUGAUCCUUUCUCCGGAGGUGUUGGUGUAAACUGCAGGAUGGGAAACCACAAACAGCAGAAAUACUGCACGAUGCUUUCUACUAUGCCCACCCAGAGCCGGUAACACAAAGCUGCUGUUAACUUGCGCCACUGAAUGAUGAAGCUGUUUCCUUGAAAACACGAGUGUGUCAAGAGAAUGUUUUGUGAAAUCUUUUUCUGACUGCACAUUUGUUUUCAUCGAACAGCCCCUAGGCAACAGACGUGUGGUAUUGUUGUGGUUGUUGUUAUUCCAGCCUCCAUGACCUUUUUCCCUUACAAGGUCAGUAUGGCUUUAAAUUGUGGAGAUGGGAUAUUUCCUACCACCACAAACUUAUCUGGUUUUUAUGAGUGUUAAUGGAGCUAAUGAUUGCCUGGACUCUUGUGUGAAAUAGAGGUUUAUGAAAAGGGCAGUUUCGCCCUUUCUAAUGCGUCAAUAGAAUGAGUCACAUGUUCUAGGAAGAAAAUGGAAUGCGUCAUUGCCAACAAGCGCUCUGUGGCCCUGGACAAAUGUCAGAGAAAGCCUUUCUCUAUUAAAAGGAAUAGCCAACAUUCCCAGCUGACAGUGAAGGGCCACAGCUUUAAUGGACCCUCAGGGUUUUGUCCGUCUGCUGCUGUAACACAGGGAGAGAACCUUCACCGUCGCUUGGAUGACUUUUGGUGCCGUAACACUGUGUCGAGCAAAGGCUGCGGACUUUUCUUUAAAAAAAGGAGAGGAGGAGCUGAGCUGCUGCUUCUGUUUUGGAUUCCAUGCAAGGGAUCAUUUAGCGAGUGUCUGCACCUUAAAAAUGGAACAUACUCUUACUCUCACAUGUUGUCUAUUUGUUGUUAUUUAACUGUUUCUGCGGGUUGACAAAUUGAACAUUUUCGGUUUUUAAAGUUAAAUGAUGAAGUUAUAUCUCAGUGCCCUGUCAGCUCCAUGUCUAAGCACAAUGAUUUUUAGAUUCAGGGUCAGGAUGAGGAAUACUGUUCUCAGGCUAGAUUUAAUUUCAGGUGUGAGUGAGGCUCAUGUAAAUUUACGAUCCUGGUGAAGCUACAGAAAGAACAAUUUGAACACUUUGAAUAUAUAAUCGCACCAACGAACCUCAUCUGCAUAUAGUGUCCUCUGCCCCACGGCCUUAACAGCCCAGUAACCAGCAUGUUGACAUCAUGGCUGACGGUGCGUGUGUGUGUGUGUAUUGUUGGAUCUGUCUGACCCUAAAACAUUUACGCUGUUAUGUCCUUGUUGUAUAUCUGUUUGUUUUUCACACUUCAAAUAUUGACUUUCAGAGCAGCUGCUUGAUAGAGGUUAAUUAAAACACUUCUGCUACAGUAUCGUCUCUUGUCACAGGGCUCAUGUCACCGUGGAAACGGAAUGACUGAGAAAUAGGGAUUGGAUUUUUUGGAUUUUUCUUUUUAAGUGACUAUUUGUACAUUUAUGAAUGAUUUUACAAGGGGUUUUAAAAAUGUGCUUGAUUGUAGUUUGAAAAAGAUAUUAAAGGGAAUUGUGAAUUAAUAAAAUGAAUAAUCAACCGGA